UUUAUAUCUUCUGAUUUAUUUGUUCUUUAAUUUAUUCGCAUUCGUUUUGUCCUCCUUAGCCCCUUGAGCGCCUUGUGGUGACCGGACUUCAAGAUGAAACAAUUGCAGCUCUUACGACCUGGCCUGACCAUCCACUUCAACAAAACCUCAAGAAACUUCCAAAAAUGGAAUUGAUCCUGGCCCUCAAGAUCAACGACGAAGACGCUACCAUAGCCAUGAGAAAGGCGGAGUUGGCCUACAACCUGAGCGAGGUCCUGCCCAUCAUCAACCACCGCCCUUUCCCUGCCGUUAACCCUGACGGACCCUGCGAGAACCUAUGCAUGCGCUGCAGGAAGAGAAAAUUUGAGUACUACUUCAAAUGGUGCAUGCACGUCGGUGUUUGUGCUCCUUGCAAGGAAACCUUGCUGGCUGCGGACAUCGCCCGCCAGGGCCAGGGUGACAAUCGAAGAGCCGCCUGCCCCAUGUGCCAACGAGAGCACCUUGGCAGAGAUAUAAGCAGGGUGUACCUUGUCUAAAAACAUCAGCCGAAAACUCAAGAUUCAAAUUUCAUCUCUCAAUAUUCAAAAUUUGUGCCUAAUCCAGUGAAAU